CGUUUCCACCGUCUACUGCAGAAAAGUACCAACAGGUCGAGAAACGAUUCGGUGAACAGAAAAUCUCUGCAAAAAUUCGAAAAGGCAAAAAAGAAACAUACACACGAAAAAGCAGAGCAAGAGAGCGUGCAAGUGCAACGGGUCUCUGAGAGGCAUCGAAUCAUAGUGUUCUUCACGAGAAAAAACUCCAACCCCAUUAAAAUCUACAGAUUUUACUCUCUCUCCUCCUUUCCUUUUUUUGUUUGUGGGUUUUUGAAUUAAUGGCUGUUGUGGGUUUUUGAGAAAAGUAAAGCAGGAGGAGGAAUGCUUGCCUUUUGAGCUCCCAUUACAAUGGCUGAGAAUCCCUGUUCCUUCAAGGAUAUAUUUUUAAUAAAGGCGCCAAAGAAAUCUCCAUUGGUGCUGCGGAUGAUUGUCGUGCUGUUUGCAAUGGUCUGUGGUGUCUAUAUUUGCUCAAUUUGUUUAAAGCAAGUCAGCACCCGCACCAAGUCCGGAUUUUCAAGUGUUCAGGUGAUUCAAAGGCCUUGUCCACAUCCUGAUGUUGAGCCGGAGGAAUUUCGUUAUAUGCACUACCCAAAGCCCAAUACUUAUAGCAGGGCUGAGUGUGCGUGCAAUCCUGUGCGAUAUUUCGCAAUUUUGUCGAUGCAGAGAUCUGGGAGUGGGUGGUUUGAGACGCUAUUGAAUAAUCAUACUAACAUAAGCUCAAAUGGGGAGAUUUUCUCUGUGAAAGUUAGGAGAAGUAAUAUUUCAACAAUCGUUGAGACUUUGGACAAACUUUAUAAUCUAGAUUGGUUGAGUAGUGCCUCAAAGAAUGAAUGCACCGCUGCAGUUGGCUUGAAGUGGAUGCUUAAUCAGGGCUUGAUGCAGCAUCAUGAAGAAAUAGUAGAGUACUUCAAUACACGAGGUGUUUCUGCUAUCUUUCUCUUUCGGAGAAACCUGUUACGGAGGAUGAUCUCUGUGCUUGCAAACUUGUAUGACCGAGAUAAUAAGCUGCUGAAUGGGACCCACAAGUCUCAUGUUCAUUCUCCUCACGAGGCAGAGAUACUUGCAAAAUACAAGCCUAUAAUCAAUGCAACUUUGCUGAUACCCAACCUGAAGCAAGUAGAGGAUACAAGUACUAAAGCUUUGGAAUAUUUGAAGAGCACCCGACAUAUUAUCCUAUUCUAUGAGGAUAUCGUAAAAAACCGCACUAAAUUGCUUGACGUUCAAGAUUUUCUCAAGGUUCCAAAAAGGGAUUUAAAGAGUCGCCAGGUGAAGAUACACAAAGGUAACUUAUCUAGUCAGAUUGAGAAUUGGGGUGAUGUCCAAAAGACACUUGCGGGAACACAGUAUGAAAGGUUCCUCAGUGUGGAUUAUCGAAGAAGGUAAACAGCAGUGAGGCGAUGUAUAUACGCUUUAUUCUUUUAACAUUUUUGUUUUCAUCUUUCGUCUUCAACCGCAGAAGCCAACAGGUUACGCCUCCCUGUUGAAAUUUUGGGAAAUUUUGGAUGCAGCUUCUAAAUUUUGGUUAUAGCUUCUGUCAGUCGAUUUUUGUUUCUUCUUUGCCACUCGCUUAAUAUUCAAUUGAUUCUUUAUCCUCUCCUUGUUUACGAGAAAUAUUGUUGUUGUAUUUGAGCUAAAUCAAUAGAAAAAGUUGCAGUUUCACCUUGCAA